AUGCAGACGCUCAGUGAAGCCUUGCUGAACAGCAACCACGUUGUGCCACCUCCUCCGCCUGCUGGGCACCGUGAUAUAGGUCGCUUGGUGUCGAGGCAUCGGCCGCCCACCUUUGCGGGUGAAGAAGACCCGGUGGUCUUGGAAGAAUGGUUAAGGGUGUUCGACAAGAUCUUUACAGUUGUGGGCUGCCCCGAAGAGAGAAGAGUGGAACUGGCAGCGUUCUACUUCUGCCAAGAAGCUGAUCUGUGGUGGGUCCAUGAGGGUCCGUCCUUCCUUGAAAAGCCCGAGUACGACUGGCCAAGUUCCCUUAAUGAUGCGUAUCUGAGCGCCGCGGAUCUGUAUCGCGUUCAGCAGCUUCAGAAAGGAUCUUACGAGCUAGCCAGGAAAAGGUUUGAGAGCGGAGAUGUGGGAAGGUGCACGCGGGCCAAGAUUGUCAUGGCCAAGUGCUUCGCUAUUUCCGAUGUGGAGAUCGUGGUCACAAGGUCGCGGAGUGUCCCCAGCAAGCCGGUCAGAGAGCGUUGCCACCACCACCGGGAGUCGGAGGAGCCCAGGGAGCAGAAGUCUGUGAUGCCUCCUCGCCAGCGAAUCGCAGUGUUUGAAGAUGUGAGUGAAGUGGUUAAGAGAUCUCGGCUGGCCGAAUCUAGCAGUGCUUCUGGGGUAGUUGAACGGUGGAUUCGGAGUGGUACAUCUACAAGAGUAAGUUCUAGUGCAGCUUCUGUGCCGGUACUCCGUGAUGUAAGAGAGUAUGGAGAGAUAGAGGUUCCUCAUCCGACGGUAGGGUCAUCUCAAGAGAGGGUGCUCACCUUAAAUGAAGUCCGAACAUGUGACAGUGACGUAGUAGUGGGAACCUUCCUCGUGCAAUCUGUGCCGGCAACAGUCUUGUUUGAUUCAGGGGCAUCUAACUCGUUUAUAUCACCCGGCCUCGUGAAGAAGUUGGGCUUAUCUGGGGGCGCGGGAGUGAAGUUUAAUGUGAAGGUAGCGUCAGGAGAAGAGUUUCAAAGGUCUGUAUCAAAGGUGAAGAGUUUCCUAGUGAUCUAA